AUGCAUACAACAUUGAUGAAUACAUUUUUAUGUUUUUUCAUCGUUAUUAUUAGUAUAACAUUUUUAUCGAGUGCAUUACUUGAAAAUGAUGAAUAUUCUCUUGCUGAUAAUGAUUGGAUGGAUUUUAAUAGUUAUUAUCCAACAUAUAAAUUUGAUACUCGUGCAGUUAACUCACGAUUUUGGAAACGUCUACCACAACGUCAUUUUUGGAAACGAUCACUUAUUGAAUCAAAAAUGAACAAUAAUGAUAUGGUUAAAUCUAUUUUUAAACAACAAGACAAACAUUAA